AUGGAAGGAUUUAGUGAUUAUAAUAAUAAUUGGUUAGAUAAAGAGAAUCAUUAUAUUAAUUAUACACAAUAUCAAAAAUUACAACUAAUUAGUAAGAUGAAAAAUGAAACAUCUCCUGGAUAUGUUGUUGAAUCGGAUAAUCAAGAAUUUAUGGAUGAAAUGAUUGAAAGAUAUAAUCAUACUCAUGCAUUUAUAACAUCUGCAUAUUACUAUUAUAAUUCAAAAUCGUGAGUUUUAAUAAAAGAAAGAAGCCGUUUUUUUCAAUCAAAAGUGUUUUUAAAACCAAAGUUCCGAAUAUUUUUCAUUUUUUUGGAACAUAAAAAUUCUAAAUUUUAACAACUCUCAAAAAAAACUAGAAGCGGGUUUCACAAAAGUGCAAGCAUAUUUUUCUAGACUUGGCGAAAAUGCUCUGGCAAUGGUUGUUGUAAUGAAUCAAUGGACAACUGAAAAUAUUGAAAAACACACAAUUAAAAUUGAAAGUACAGGUUAUGACGGAGAAGUUCUACAAUCAAAUGCAACUAUCAAAAAGUUAGUUUUUUUUUUCAAAAAUAAAUCAUUAACAUUUUAAAUUUCAGAGAAUCCACAGAAACUUCGUGCGCUUAUGUUAUGACACUUGUUCAAGCAACAACUGUACAUGAUCCAGAGAAAAUUGAGAUUGUUUCAAGUGGAACAAGGGUUGCAGUGAGUUCACGGAGAACUACUCUUUGUCAGCUCAAAGAAAUAAUAUAAAUAAUCUCCAGAUUCCUUUUCGUAAACCUCGAACAUGGUCUCAUUCUCCUGUUAUAAUGUGUAUUGCUCCACAAUUUGCUGUCGAAAAAUGGCAACUUUUUUUGAUGAAUUUGCAUGUUAUUCGAAGAUAUGGUGGACAUAUGCAUUUAUAUAUAACGAGUAUGGUUACUCAACUUUUUGAUGUUUUACAACUCUAUGAAAAAUGGGUUAGUUGGAAGAAAACAUAAUUGAUGGGACCAGAACAGACAAAUAUAUUGUAAUUAUCAAUGAAAACCCAUUUCAACUCAGAUAUGAAUAGAAUAAUAAUCAAUUUUUCAAGAAAAAAAAACAAAAGAGAAUCUGAAACCUCGUAUCUGAAUUUAUAACAUCUAUCAACUAUUAUUAUUAUUACUUUACAGGGAUCUGUGACUCUUGAUUAUUGGGUUCGAAUGAAAUUCAAUGAAACAUUUACACCAUACAAAGAGCCAAAUCGAAAUGUUGAAUGGAGAAAUCAAGCUGGAGCACAAACUGAUUGUUUACUUCAAUAUAAAGAAGUUGCUGAUUUCAUUGCAUUUUUUGAUAUUGAUGAUAUUCUAAUCCCGAGAUAUUCUCAUAAUUAUCACCAAGAAUUCUCAAGUCAUUUCUCUGCUUUUCCAAAUUAUCACACAAUUUUUUAUUGGAAACGAGAUGUUAUUGUUAACAAAAUUGAAUCAGCCACUGAUUUGACGUUUGCAAAGAUUUUCAGUACAAUGAAAGUUACGAAACAAAAUGAUUAUGGAAAAUCGAUAAUUAAUCCAUUGAAAGUGAAUUCAACAUGGAUUCAUCAUUCAAUGCAACUUCCUAAAAAUUUGAUUUAUCGAGUGCCGAAUACGGAAUUGAUUCAUAUCAAAAAAAUUGUCGAGGUCGGUUUUUUUCCAAAAAAAAAAUAGAAACAAGACCAAAAUUUUGCCGAAUAACUGGAAUAUGAUUUUCUAGAUAGAAAAAUAAUUAGAUUCUAUCUGGAAAAACUCUCAAAACUACAGUAACCUCUAAUUUUCUAUGCAAUUCAAAUAUUUUGCAGCCUAAUCCGAAAGAUAAAUCAACAGGGAUUCCAAAAAUGUUCGGAACAAAAUAUGAUCCAAUAAUAACUGAAAUCGAACAAAAAUCUCUGGAUUUCGAUCUAGAACAGUGAGUUCUCUCCUCUUUUAUCUUCUAUUUCAACCACAUCUAUAUUUUAGGACAUAUGCUGAUUCAAAACUUCGUGACGCAGUUAGUCUAUUAGUCGAUCAUGAUUAUUAUUCUCAAGUUGUUUUUCAAUGUUAUAAUUCAUCAUUUUAUCAUCCAUAUUUUGUCGAAAGAAAACCUUUAGAAUCUUUGUGUCCAAAUGCAGAUGAUUGUAUUGUAAGUUUGAUUUUUUCGUCAGAAAACUUUGAAUUUUUUUCAAAUUUGCAGCUUCCUCAACGAGACGAUAUUUCUUGCAUUCAUUCCGAUGCAAAAUACAUUUCUGGUCCAGAAAUGUUUCCAAUAACUUUUCAUUACGCGGUAAAUCCAUUCUGGUCAGACGAAAUCGGGUGUUAUCAAUAA